UUACAGAAUGCUUUGAAAAGUUCAGAUGGUAACAAAAGUGUGGCAGGAUAUUUAAAUACAAAUGACUGCUGUCUGGCUUGGUUAGCCUAUAUUCACCUCAUUGAAUUCAACACUCUGCCUUGCCGGUUCUUCGAUCCAGCUGUAGCCGUUCCUUCCAAACUUGUAAUGAAGGAGCCAUUUCUCAUCCCUUGGCAAACGUCAAAAGAUAUAAAAACACAUCCUGACACAUUACUUGCAUUGUUUGAAGAUGCUGUCCGUGCAUGUUCUGAGGACUGCCCUUCAACGGAGGAGAGAAUUGCAGCCUGUCUUUCAAUUUACAGAAAUAUGAUUUUAGUACUGAAGUUAAUGGGAAGAUGGGAAACUGCUGAAAAACUUUGCAAGACACUGCUACAAUCCUGUCCAGCUGCUUAUCAACUUACUGAAGCUUUAGCUGACCUCUAUUUAGAGAGAAAACAAAUCGAAGAUGCUGCCAAUGAGUGGCUCUGUGCAUUUAGAAGGAACCCCCAUAACGCUCAAUUAUUCUAUUAUGCAUUCAAGUUCUUUAUUUCAGUGAAAAAGAGAGACAUUAUUCCUGUUCUGUUUCAAGAAUUUAUUGACUCCUUCUUUGAGGGGGAAGUCCCCACGUGCCACCCUGCAAAUACUUUACGUCAGUUCCUGAACUAUCCCAUGCCUUAUGACUUCAGAGCACCUUCAUGCAAAGAACUAUUGAAUGGGGAGCUGCUGAACACCCAGAUCCCUUAUCUAUGGUUGAUAUUCUGCUUGUGGCAGUCCAUUAAUGCAGGCACAAGGGAAGCUGUGGACACCUUUGAAACAGCUCUUGGUACAGUUAUGCAGAAUGAUGUAGUGCAACAAAUCUGGAUGGAUUACCUUGUUUUUACCAGUAGGCAGCUUGUUGGUGCCACGAACAAGAACCAAGACUUUAAACUGUUUACAGACUUGGUGCAUAGGUGUUUGGUCACUGUCCCCACAAGAAUGCUUAUACCAUUCAGUUCUGCCAAUUAUUGGAGCAACUACGAGUUUCAUAAUCAGGUGAUUUCCUUUUAUCUAAGCUGCCUUCCUCAAUCCCAGCAUUGCAAAGCAUUGGAAAGGUUCCCUUCCAUUAUGCCAACUAAUGUUGGACUAGCACUAAGAGUACUGGAACAGGAAUGGACGGAGGGUAAUAUCCAGCACCUCAAACUACAAUCAAAUAUGUUUACACAUUCUUUGCCAAUCUGUCUGCCAAUUUGGAAAAUAGCCAUAGCUGUUGAAAGCAUGUUAAAGGACCACCAAAAUGAGGUUCGGCAGCUUUACCAGCGAGCACUUAAGAAGUUACCCCUUUGUGCAACGCUCUGGAAAGAUCAACUCUUGUUUGAAGCUUCAGAAGGAGGUAAAACUGAUAAUCUCAGAAAACUAGUUACCAGGUGUCAGGAGAUUGGCGUCAGCUUAGAUGAGCUCUUAAAUUUAAGCCCUUCCCAGAACAGAGGGCAAUGAUUACAGAGCGUAAAAAUGUUUCCUGGUCCCCCUACGUAAAAGAGGUGGCUCGUCAAGACUUGGCUGGUCUGUAGCUGAUAUCUGCAAAUGCAGAUAAUAAUCUGUGGAGAUCCACAUGUCCUUCCCAACGGCUUUCUUCUCUACGUGGUCAAAAAUCUUGGAGCUUACGAACCAGUGACCCAAAACAAGAUCAAUGAACUCCUACUUGGCCUCUGGGCCCUGUCAGAUUGUCGUAACAUCACGUCCGUAAGUAUGGUACCUCAGAAUGAUGAAUUAUUUUUUAAAUGUCGUGUGUCUUUAGUCUUUAUACAAACUGCUGCAUGUAAAAUUGGCUAAAUUUUAGUGCAGUUCUAUGCACAUGAAUAAGGCAGUUUCAAUUCUUUUGUUUUCUUUUCUUCCCCCCUCCCUUGUUAAACUUCUGUUUGAGAUUUUUUAUUACAGGUUCAAAAGCAGCAGGUUUCACAGAAAAAAAGUGUUAUUGCCUUGGUAGAAAGUCCAAAGUGACUGCUUUGCCAGGUGAAGAUUCCAGGAGGGGUUGCAUAAUACCCUUUCUCAUGUUCAGUGUGGUGGACUUGCUGCUGCAGAGACUCUUUGUUUUAUGUAUUAACAUACUUGAAGACAAAAUCUACUGCAGUGGAAAAGUUGGAACACUAAAAUUUAUGCAUGCCAGUGCAUCAGUUCUUGAGGCUGGUCAAUUUAUGUGCAAUCUUGUUUUGUGAGAAUUUAUUUAUUUUAUGGUUUAAGGAAAACUUGAAGAGUGACAAGUAUUUGACAAAUAAACUUUUGUACUAAAUACUUUGUAAGUAUUCUUAUACAAUGUGUUUAUAUUUGAUUAUUUUCAAUACAUGCUUUAUCAAAAAAAGA